AUAACCAAGAUUAUGUUUUGAAGAUAAACUACCAAAUGACACCAAUCGGCGAGCACGGAAUGGAGCCGUUGCCGGAAGGAAUUUCUCUUGAAAGAUUUCAUGCAAAUGAAGAAGUAGAUGAGGCUCAGAAAAUUGCUCGAAAAUCAUCGUCUCUCUCUAGCAGCAUUACAACAUGUUCAUCUCUUGGAAAUUUCUGCAGAAUAUGCCAUGAGAGCGACGAACCUCUGAUAAUCGCUUGCAAAUGUAGAGGAUCAAUUGCGUUCACUCAUCACAAAUGCUUGGUAGAAUGGCUUGUCAGAUCUGGAAAACCUCAAUGUGAACUGUGCGGAGAAGAUUAUCUUUUACGAGUCAAAAGCGCCCACGGAUGGCUAACGAUUCUCAAACAGCGGAUGUCAAGUCACGAUAAAGCUAUGGUACUGGUUGGUUUAAUAUGCUCCAUGUUUCUGGUUAGUACCACUACCUGGUUAAUAUGGUCAGCUUUGAGUCCAGAAAAUGCCACACAGAGAGCUAACGAACUUUUUCAAACAUGUUAUGCACUAUACGGAUUCAUGGAUGUAUUCUGUCUUGGUAUAUUGAUGCAUGAAAUACCACACUUGAGAUUAUUAUGGAGACGUUUGAAACUUAUCCGAUAUCAGCUUUAUGUCUUGCCACAUCCUAGCAGCAAAAUAGGUACUUUGGCGGAAACGUCUACAAACACAGAAGAGAUAACACUUCAGAUGUCAGAUUCUGGCGACGAGUGUGAUCUGGAAAGUACUACACCAAAUCCAAAAUCGGAAAUUGUGAACGAACAGCCAAAGAAUGAUGACAAACAUACUUUAGAAAAUAAUAUGAAUAUUACAACAAUAACGUAAAAUUUAUCAACUACUCAUAAUUGAUUUACUAUUUAUUAAUUUUCAGAAUACUAUACAUAAUAUUAUUUUAUACGCCAAAUUUCGCGGGUAGUAAUGUAAUAAAUAAAAUAAUUCUAUGAA